CUCUAUCCCUCCACCAGCUGAGCUGAAACACUCAAUAAGGACGUUGGGGGGCAUAUAUGCAUGCGAGAAGCUGUGAUAGCUGCAGGCUAACUAUCUGCUCUUAAUCUCUCCGUCUUCAAACAGCCUGUGAAAUUGACAGUCCAUAGGGUGUUUGGCGUUGAUGUGCUUUUUCUGCCAUUUAUUAUAUGCAAAAACACCAACUGACAAUGCAAUUCUCUCAAGCAUGAGGACCCAUGAGUUUCUUGUGCUGUUUCUCUGUUUCUGUGCCUUGACACCCUCCUUCUCUCUCCCUGCUUCCCCUGAUGGGCUAGUGAGAAUCAGGUUGAAGAAGAGAGCCUUGGAUGAUAACAGUCUAUAUACUGCAAGAACCAUGAACAAAAAGAGCAGACAUGCCAGCAGCUUUCUGAAAAAUAUUUGCAGGAAUUUGGGUGAUUCAGAUAUGGGUAAAGUGUCCCCAAAGAAUUAUUUGAUCUGCCGUAGUUUGUCUGGUUCAUCAGAUGCAGAUGUGGUAUUGCUGAAUAAUUAUUUGAAUUCUCAAUACUUUGGAGAGAUUGGAAUUGGUUCUCCACCACAGAACUUCACUGUUGUUUUUGAUACCGGAAAUUCCAACCUCUGGGUUCCAUCAUCAAAAUGCCUUUUCUCUGUGAACUGUCAUUUCCAUCCUGCAAAUUAUAUUGCAGGCCGGUCAAGUACCUAUAAAAACAUUGGAAAUAAUAAUAAUCUUUAUUAUGGGUCGAGAUCAAUUUCUGGCCGAGAUGAUGUUCAAGUUGGGAAUGUCAUCGUUAAAGACCAAGCUUUCACUGAGAAUACACGGGAAGGAAGUCAUGCUUUGUUACUGGGAGAAGUUGAUGGGGUAAUGGGAUUGGGUUUCCAGGAGAAACCUGCAGGAAAUAUCUUGCCUAUCUGGUACAACAUGGCUGAGCAAGGUCUAGUAAACAGGAAGGCUUUCUCUUUCUGGUUGAACCGAAAUCAAGAAUCUGAGGAAGCGGGUGAGAUUGUAUUUGGUGGCGUUGUUCCCAAACACUUCAGGGGGGAGCACACCUAUGUUCCGGUUACUCGGAAGGGCUACUGGCAGGUUGAAAUAGGAGAUUUUCUUAUUGGGAACCGUUCAACAGGUUUCUGCAAGAGUGGUUGCACUGCAAUUGUGGAUUCUGGGACUUCGUUAAUAGCUGGUCCAACUUCCAUUGUGUCGCAAAUCAAUCAUGCCAUUGGAGCUGAAACUGUAACAGAUAUGGAUUGCAGACAACUUGUGCGUACCGUCGGAGAAAUAGUAAUGGAUCUCCUAAUAUCGCAGCAGAUCCAACCGGACAGCGUGUGUUCAAUGAUCAGUCUCUGCAAAUCUGAUGUUAAUAGGACACAGCAUCACCAUGUGAGCAGCAAUUAUAAUGGCCUAGAAACAAUAGUUGCAAGCCGAACAAAGGAGAGAUCAUCGGCUGUUCAAGGAUUUCCAUGUUCUCUUUGUAACGUCAUGGUCUCUGUGAUGAAAAUCCUGCUUAAACGAGAUUUUGUUCUGGACAAAAUAGUCGAAUAUGUAGCCCAGCUGUGCGAGCACCAUAAUUCUCUGCUUCAUGGGAGGUCCUUUGUUGACUGCAACAGCAUUUCGGACAUGCCAAAUGUUGCAUUUACCAUUGGAAAUAAAACCUUCCAUCUCACUCCGGAACAGUACAUUGUUAAAACCGGAGAAGGCAAUGCUGCUGCAUGCCACAGCGCGUUUGUGCCACUGGAUGUGCCUCCUGCAGCCGGAGGGCCACUUUGGAUGUUAGGAGAUAUAUUCAUGGGGGUGUAUCAUACAGUGUUUGACUUCGACAAACUGCAAGUGGGAUUUGCAGAAGCUGCACGUUAUAUAUAAUAUACCACUUUCCCUCUGGUGUUGAUGCUUAAUUCUUGCAUGAAAGCUGGAGUCAUGGUAUUCCUUGGAUGAAGUAGAUGAUGAUGAUGAUGUAUAUGUCCAUAUAUGCGUGAUAUAUAAUCAUGCAUUAAUUUAUGAUUAUUAAUGGAAAUCCUAAAUCCUUAAUUUAUGAUUAUUAAUGGAAAUCCUAAAUCCUUUUAAUUAGAUGUAUAAAUUUUCAUAAGAAAAAGAGAGCUAGCUUAUAGCAGCUAUGCUGAUGACCAUGUCUGAAUGGCUGGCCUGGUCAGCGUUUGUAUGUAUUAAUAUAUAGAUCUCAUCUAUUCUUCCCAUAUGGGUGUAAACCUAGUAAGGUAAAUAUAUAUGGCUUUAAUUUGUGGCAAUUGAUUCAAUUAUAUAAACUACUGCAUUUCACCA